ACGCACAACAGUCCUUCAUUAAACCUGGCUGGACACUCCCAGAAUGCUUACAGUAUAAAAAGAGAUAUCAGCUGUGAUGAGUUUCACAACCAGAGCAGUCCUUCAAAGGAACUUCUUGGUUUCAUUAACAGAGGACUCCUUUCCACUUUAAAGACUGAAAAUGGUGAAUUACAAAGUGACCGUCUCCACAGCCGACCUUACCGCUGCCACCACUUUUAACCAUGUCUUCAUUAAGCUGGUGGGCAUAGAGGGGGAGAGCGAACGCAAAUGGCUGAUAAACUUGAAAGGGGCUUCAGCCUUCGUCAAAGGAGCUGUGUCCUGUUUUACCGUGUCCUGUCCCACCUCCCUGGGAAAGUUGGUGUUGAUAGAGCUAGACAAACAACCCCUCCCACUCUUCCCAGGAGACUCUUGGUUUCCUCGUAAAGUGGAGGUGAAAUCCCCUGAGGGACACACCUACCACUUCCCCAUCUACCGUUGGAUCACUGACAGCGAGGUGCACCGUUUCAGAGAGGCAACAGCUCUGACAGUCCUUGAAGACAAGCAUCAUCUUGGCCAGUACAGUCGACAGCAGGAGCUUAAGGAGAGGGAGCAAGACUACCGCUGGGAUGUUUAUGUAGAGGGAAUACCCCACUGCAUAAAGGCAGAAGGCCCUCUUUCGCUGCCUUGUGAAGUCCGCUUCUCCUUCACCAAGACCACAGAGUUUCUCUACACAGCAGCCACAGGACUGACAGAGCUGCAACUGAAGGGACUGACUUAUUAUCAAAAGCCGUGGACUGACAUUGAUGCUAUCAAUCGAGUCUUCUGCUGCAAACAGACCGACAUAUCAGACUAUGUCCAAGAACACUGGAAAGAGGACGCUUUCUUCGGCUACCAGAUGCUCAAUGGCGCCAACCCCAUCUUGAUCCGACGCUGUUCGGUCCUACCUAAAAACUUCCCUGUCACGGAUGAUAUGGUCUUCCUCCACGGUCAGGGUAGCCUGAAAGAUGAAAUGAAGAGAGGAAACAUAUUCCUGUGUGACUACAAGCAACUGGAUGGACUGAAAGCAAACACCAUCAAUGGGAAGAAGCAGUAUUUAGAGGCUCCCCUUGUCCUGCUCCACAAAAGACCUGAUGAUAAGCUGAUGCCAAUUGCUAUUCAGCUGAAGCAGACUCCAGGACCUGACAACCCCAUCUUUCUUCCUACUGACUCUGAGUACGACUGGUUGUUGGCAAAGAUUUUUGUGAGAAGUUCAGAUUUCAGUGAGCACCAACUCAACACCCACCUGCUGCGAACUCACCUGCUGGCUGAGGUUUUUGCAGUGUCGCUGCUGCGCAACAUUCCCAUGGUGCAUCCUCUGCACAAGCUUCUUGUACCUCACACUCGCUACACUCUGCAGAUCAACCACUUAGCCCGACAGCUUCUAAUAUCCAAAACUGGAGUUUUCACUCAGUUUGCAUCUUCUGGGGGUGAGGCCAUGAUCACCAUCUUGAAGAGAUCACUGUCCUCAAUUACCUACAGCUCCCUCUGUAUGCCAGAUGACAUUGUUGAGCGUGGACUGGAAGCUGUGCCAAACUUCUACUAUAGAGAUGAUGGACUGAAGCUUUGGGAUAUCAUCCACAGGUUUGUGCAGGGAGUGCUCGGAUACUACUACAAGACUGACAAAGAGGUCGAGCAAGACUCUGAACUGCAGAAGUGGGUUAAGGACAUUUUUGAACACGGAUUCCUUUCCCAAGAAGGCAAUGGAAUUCCCAAGUGCUUGACCAGUGUGGUGGAGUUGGUCAAGUUCGUUACCAUGGUGAUUUUCACUGGAUCAGUGCAGCACUCAGCUGUCAACUCUGGACAGUAUGACUACGGUGGCUGGAUGCCCAACACUCCCAUCUCCCUGCAACAACCUCCACCAACCAAAAAGGGAACAUCAAGCGAGGCCACGAUGCUGGCCACGUUCCCUGAUGUCAACACAACCGCUCAGGGCAUGGCCACCAUGUGGCUGCUCAGCAAGCAGUCCAGUGACUUCGUCUCCCUUGGCAAUUACCCUGAGGACCAUUUCUGUGAGGAGAUUCCCCUAAAGAUGAUAAAGGAGUUCCAGGGAGAGCUUGAAGUGCUGAGUGCAGCCAUCAAAGUCAGGAACAAGAGUUUGGAUGUGCCUUACACAUACAUGGAUCCAGCCCUGGUAGAAAAUAGCGUGGCCAUUUGAAUACUAGAAGGUGGGAAUUCCUCAUCCUCAGGCCAAAUUCAGUUUCAUUUACCACAUGUAUUAAAUUUAUGAUGAAAAUAAAACAUUACACAUUUGUUGAAGGAGCUUUAAUCAGUAGAUAUUGCUGGCUUUGAACCUCGAUGGCCAACCUGGUCAUUUCUGCAUUUGACUGUGCUUUGUUGACUUUUCUUAUUGUCUCUACACGUGCAUUGCUUUGAAUUAGGACACUUUCACAGUCAUCAACAAAACAUAUGAUGAUAUGUCAGUAGGCGAGACCCAGAAACAACAAUCUGCAGUCUGGCAUGUCAGUUCAUGAGUCUUGACAUAUUUCUAAGGAAAAGUUCUGCAUAAAAAAGGCAUUUAUAGGAGUCACUGUUAUCACACAUGAAAAAUACCCACAGAGAUGUAUAGUCUAAGCCAUUCCAGUAGGUUACUUUCACACUAUCACAUCAGUGACAAGCAAUACAUGAUAUGUUUUUGAACUGCACGGCUUAUUGCAUUUUUUCUGAAAUAUAUUUCUUUCUCCCGA